AUGAACAUUUUACCCUCUCAACAUGGAACGCUGGGACCUGUGGGUGGCCAAGUGGGUUUGGCAACGCGUCCAGGCUUGGACGUGGGACACGUCCAGCCCCAGCCGCCAUCACAGCAGCAGCAACAACAGCAACAGCAACAGCAAAAACAACAACAACAACAACAACAGGCUUCCCCAGCACAAUUGGCUACCACAGUAGCAUCGACUGCUGCCGCUACUUCAGGUCAGCCAAUCGUGCAAGUCCAGGUACAGCCCCAGCUUCCGGCGGAUCCCGUGACACAGUCCAUGGCAGAAACCUGGCUUUCUAUUGCAUCUCUAGCGGAAACGCUCGGUGACGCAGACCGGGCGGCCAUGGCAUACGACGCAACGCUCCAGUACAAUCCCUCGUCCACCAAGGCACUCACGUCUCUUGCCCAUCUAUACAGGUCACGCGACAUGUUCCAACGGGCUGCAGAACUGUACCAGCGCGCGUUAUCGGUGAAUCCAGAGCUAGGUGACAUCUGGGCUACGCUAGGUCACUGCUACCUGAUGCUUGACGAUCUCCAGCGUGCUUACGCCGCGUACCAACAAGCGCUCUACCAUUUGAGCAACCCUAACGUACCGAAGUUGUGGCACGGGAUCGGGAUCCUUUACGAUCGGUACGGGUCGCUAGACUACGCCGAAGAGGCGUUCGCCAAAGUGCUGGAGCUCGAUCCCCAAUUCGAAAAGGCCAACGAGAUCUAUUUCCGACUGGGCAUCAUUUACAAGCACCAGGGCAAGUGGAACCAGGCCUUGGAGUGUUUUAGAUACAUUCUCACACAACCACCGGCUCCUCUUCAAGAGUGGGAUGUGUGGUUCCAACUUGGGAGCGUCUUGGAAAGUAUGAGUGAAUGGCAAGGCGCUCGUGAAGCUUACGAGCAUGUCCUUCUACAAAACGAGCGUCAUGCAAAAGUAUUGCAGCAAUUGGGAUGUUUGUACGGGAUGCAAAAUGUUCAAUUCUAUGAUACGCAAACUGCAUUGAAUCUGUUGCUCAAAUCUCUAGAGACUGACUCCACGGAUGCUACCACAUGGUACCAUCUGGGCCGUAUUCAUAUGGUCAGAAACGACUACACUGCCGCAUACGAUGCUUUCCAGCACGCAGUGAAUCGAGACUCCAGAAACCCGAUUUUCUGGUGUUCCAUCGGUGUACUAUAUUACCAAAUCUCGCAGUAUCGAGACGCUCUUGAUGCAUACACAAGAGCUAUCAGACUCAAUCCAUAUAUCAGUGAAGUUUGGUACGAUCUGGGAACCCUUUACGAAACUUGUAAUAACCAGCUAACUGACGCUCUAGACGCUUACAAGCAAGCGGCGCGGCUGGAUACAAAUAAUGUGCAUAUUCGAGAAAGAUUGGAAGCUCUCACGGAACAACUGGCGAAUCAAUCAAAUGGCGGAACUGCAAUGCCUCCUCAGCCCAAACCUCUAACUGUCACAAACCCACCACCUGUGAUGUUGCAACCCACUUUGCAAUCUACGGAUGAUGGCAAUCCAUUGAACAAGUCAUCUAUGUAUGUUCAACCUCAAUUGCCAGGCCAGAUGCAAACAUCUUUGCCUGCGCAUUUGCAAGCACAUGUGCAGGCCCCAGUGCCGUCUCAACAGUUGACCUCCCAUCAGCAACCAACUCCGCCUCAGCCAUUGCCACAACCGCAACCACAAGCUCAACCGCAACCCCAGCUUGCUGUGCAUUCGCACCCAUCAGUGCAUUUGCAGCAUCAGUAUCAACAGGCUCCGCAAUCGUCUACUUUAGCACCUGUCACCAAUACGUUGGGGCAAUUUCACGACAUUCAAGGAACUGCAGCCGCCUCUGGCUCUAAUACCUUGCCUCAGAUCAUGAACCCAACUGUUCACAGCGUCGUUGCGGCUCCUAACUUACCCCAGAAAAGACCUAUAGAGGCAGGAAUGGACACUCUUGUCAAUGCUGCUGUUUCCAAUGCUGCAACUCCUUCGUCAGCAACCCCAACGACCGCUAGAAGUCGCAAGACCUCUGUAGCUUCAGAGGGCUCUCAUCAGAAGAAGCAUAAGCGCAAUGCUUCGAGCUCUAAGAGCCAGCCCAAUCAAUCACCGCAUUACCUCGCUAGAAGUAAAACGGUCUCCAUUGCUUCUGUGCUCGAGCCAGAAGUUAAACACUCUCAAGCGCAAACCCCGGUACAAACGCCUGUAGCGGCUACAAGCGAACAAGCAGGACCAGUUCAGCCGCAUCCAGAGACAGCUCAGACCUCAGCUGUCGCGACUCCAUCAGCUGCGGUUGCGCAGCUUUCUAAAAGCACGGAGACCAAGCCACCUGUUGUUGUUCCACCUGCACAGGACCAAGCUCAAAAUCACACCCCUGAUAGAACUACGGAAUCCAAGCCAGAGCAACCUGUGCAGUCAGAGACUAAUUCAGUUGAUGCGAACCAGACUGUGAUCAAAGCUAGCCCCGAUGCCAUUGAGAAGCUUCGUGAAGAGGCUGAACUCAGGAAAGAGGAGGAGCGAGAAUCUUUGGUCAACGAACCGGGGUCCACUCAAAACGGUGAUUCCGAGCCCGCCAUCAACGAGAGAGCCGUGCGCGAGGUGGAAGAGGAUGAAAAUUAUGACGAUUGA